AUGCAACCAUUAUCUGAAAGCACUUCAUCGAGUCUAUGCCCACAAUUGUCAUCAAGUUCACAAGGGGGGUGUACAAUAGUAUCGAAUGCUCGACGAGCCAAUGACUCCGAAAUAACUACAAUCGGUCACCGUUAUGAGGAUGCGAGACACUUCAAGGAUGCUUUGUCUGACUUUGCCAUCAGGUGCAAUUUCAACUAUAGGUUCAUAAAAAACGAUAAAGAGAGAGUCACCGUGGUUUGUGCCGCUGAGGGAUGUCAAUGGCAUAUCCAUGCCUCCCAGGAAGGUAACCUUGCCACUUUCAGAAUCAAAACAUCGCAUGAUGUACAUUCAUGUGGUGGUGGUAUUAGUUCAGCAUCACACCCGAAAGCUUCCAAAAAAUGGGUUAGCAGGAAAGUAAUUCAAAAACUCCGUGACCAUGGCGUUCGGCUACCAUACAAACAAGCUUGGAGGGGUAAAGAAUUAGCUCGAGGUAUUCUACACGGAUGUGAUAAAGCUAGCUAUGAUCUGUUGUUGUGGUACGCAAGUAAGGUAACUGAAACCAAUCCCGACAGCAUCGUUCUAAUUGAGAAAGAUGGUGAGCGGUUUAGACUGGGAUUUUUUUGCUUCCAAGCUUCCCUGGAUGGUUUUAGGAUGGGAUGUAGGCCCAUGUUAUUUCUUGACGGUACUCAUUUAUUGGGGAGAUACGGCGGUAUUCUAUUAGGAGCGACCGGGAAAGAUGGUAAUGAGGGGUUCUUUCAACUAGCAUUUGCCAUCGUGGACAAUGAGACAGAUGAUAAUUGGACAUGGUUCAUAUUAAAAUUGGGUGAUGCACUCUAUGGCGAUGACGAAUACCAUGAUAUUAUUACAUUCAUUUCAGAUCGGUCCAAGGGCCUUGUCAAUGGUGUUUCCAAGGUGUUUCCAUCUGCCACACAUGGUUAUUGCUUAUGCCAUCUUCAGGCUAACUUCCUUAAAUCAAAUAGCCAGUUAGGGAAAAUAUUAAAAGAUGAGUGCUGGAGGUUGAUAGCCAAUGUCGCAUACGCAUGUACAUCGACAGAAUUCGACGCUGCCACAAAUGAAUUGCAACAAAUGUCAUCAGAAGCACAUAGUUCGCUGCUUCACAAGUUAGAUGUAUCACAUUGGUCCAACUACUUGUUCAUAGGUCGACGAUGGGGAGAGAUGUACUCAAAUGUUGCUGAGUGGUUCAACUCCUGGAUUAGGGAAGCACGUCACUUGCCAAUAUGUAACAUAGUGGAUUCUAUCAGGUUCAAGAUGAUGAACAUGAUGUGCGAUCGACGUGAACAUUGCCAGACGUGGGACACUUACCUUUACCCCACUAUCCAUAAGAAGAUUGAGGACGUAGUUGAGGAGAGCAGGGCUUUGGUCAUAGGUCGCUCGGAUGGGGAACAUUUUGAAGUGAUUGAUAACCAAAUGUGCACCGCUUCAUUGAAAGAUACGACACUGUCAACUUAUUUCAGAAGGCUUAUGCCAAUCAGAUUUUCCCUAUUCCAGAUUAUGAUAAACCAUGGGAUGACAACUGCGUGCUCCAACUUCGGCCACCCAUUGCCAAGAAAAGGCCAGGCAGGCCGAGACGUCGAAGGAUUGAGUCACAAGCAUUUGGCGUACGAGAAUUACGAUGCAGCCGAUGGCAACAAGUUGGCCAUAAUAGGGCUACUUGUAACGAGGUUAUCGCAGACUGAAUUUUGGGCUUUUAUGUAUUUUGCUUGA